GGCGCCCCCGGCGGCAUGAUCUGGAACACGAACCUGCGCUGGCGGCUGCCGGCCACCUGCCUGCUCCUGCAGGUGGCCAUGGUGGUCCUCUUCGGCGUGUUCGUGCGCUACGACCACGAUGCCGACCCCCACUGGAUCGACAGGCAGGGCGGCGAGAACGCCACCAGCGACAUGGAGAACGAGUUCUACUACCGCUACCCGAGCUUCCAGGACGUGCACGUGAUGAUCUUCGUGGGCUUCGGCUUCCUCAUGACCUUCCUGCAGCGCUAUGGUUACAGCUCGGUGGGCUUCAAUUUCCUGCUGGCGGCCUUCGGCAUCCAGUGGGCGCUGCUCAUGCAGGGCUGGUUCCACUCCUACUCCCAAGGCUACAUUCACGUGGGCGUGGAGAACCUCAUCAACGCGGACUUCUGCGUGGGCUCCGUCUGCGUGGCCUUUGGGGCAGUUCUGGGCAAAGUCAGCCCUGUCCAGCUCCUCAUCAUGACUCUCUUCCAAGUGACCCUCUUUUCAGUGAAUGAGUUUAUUCUCCUCAGCCUGCUAGAGGUGAAGGAUGCAGGGGGCUCUAUGACCAUCCACACAUUUGGUGCCUACUUUGGGCUCACAGUGACCUGGAUCCUCUACCGACCCAGCCUACAUCAGAGCAAGGAGAGGCAGAGUGCUGUGUACCACUCGGACCUCUUCGCUAUGAUUGGCACCCUCUUCCUGUGGAUGUACUGGCCCAGCUUCAACUCCGCCGUGUCCAAACACGGAGACGCCCAGCACCGCGCUGCGAUCAACACCUACUGCUCCUUGGCAGCCUGUGUGCUCACCUCGGUGGCACUGUCCAGCGCCUUGCACAAAAAGGGCAAGCUGGACAUGGUGCACAUCCAGAACGCCACGCUCGCGGGAGGGGUGGCCGUGGGCACCGCUGCUGAAAUGAUGCUCAUGCCAUACGGCUCCCUCAUCGUCGGCUUCCUCUGCGGCAUAAUCUCCACCCUGGGAUUUGUGUACCUGACGCCAUUCCUGGAGUCAAAGCUGCGGAUCCAGGACACAUGUGGCAUUCACAACCUGCAUGGCAUGCCUGGCAUCAUAGGCGGCAUUGUGGGGGCUGUGACGGCAUCCUGCGCCAACGCUAGUGUGUAUGGAGCAAAAGGGCUUGCUAAUGCCUUUGACUUUGAUGGUUUCAAGACUACCUGGGACUCAAGCAUGCAGGGCAAGUUUCAGGCUGCUGGCCUCUUUGUGUCCCUGGCGAUGGCCCUGGUGGGCGGCAUCAUCGUGGGGAUCAUUCUGAAAUUGCCAUUCUGGGGACAACCUGCUGACGGGAACUGCUUUGAGGACUCAGUCUACUGGGAGAUGCCUGAGGAGCUGAAGAGCUCUGUCUUACACCCUGAAGACUCCACCCUCAAGCCCUCAGAACCUUAAACCCCCAGGGCAGGUGAGAAGCAGCAGCUGCCAAGAGGAGCAUGUUAAUUAAACGUCGGCAAAGAUGGAAGCUGGAGGCCCCGGCUCUAAUUGGACAGUUUGCUUCACCGGAUUGAAAAACAUUGUGACAAAGGAGGAGGUGCGCGGCAGCGCGGCAGGGGUGCGGCGUGGCGAGGAGGGGAGCGGCGGCUUUGAUUUCGCCCGGAGCCCGGCCGAGCCGCCCGCCCCCAGUCCCGAGGCACGCCCACCAGCUCCCGGGAGGGGCUCCGCCCAACGAGACCCUCCCAAAGCCUGCCCCGAGGGUCCCUAGGCCCGUCCAUGAAGAACGGUGUGACACCUCACCGAACCCCAGGCUUUGAGGCUCUGGGGCGGCUCCCUCCCCACCCCAGGGCCCCGAUUACCUGGCCUGGGUCCCAGGGACCCUGCAGCGAGGACAUCGAGGGCCGGGGUCGGGCGGUCGCUUCAGGAACCCCUGCCCGGGCUCCACGGAGGGAGACACCUGUGCCUUAGCCCCAGGUGGACCAAACUAGCUCUGUGUCACGUGAUCAGGGACAAGGGCGGUCUUAAAAAAGGUUGGUGACUGACAUCGUGGCUUUUCCUAGACCCCCGUCCCCCCUCCCCCCUGCACUGCAGAGUGUGCUUUUUCCAGCAGGGCUGUGGGGGUUCGCAGAGACUGUUCCCCGCCAUCUGUAUUUGUAACCCCAGGUUUCCUUCUGGUCUUGACUCACACGUGAUGCCUGCA